AUGAUCCCGCUCGAGUUCUGGGUGGCGCUGUUUGCAGCUCUGGUCAACGGCAUCCCUGAGCUCGACCGCAUGUGGUUCAAGGUCUCGUUUGGUCUGCUAGUCCUGCUGCUGGCAUAUCGCUUCUGGGUCGCAGUUGCUGCUCCGAUCGUGACAUCGCACAACUUUGUCGAGCAUGGCGGCGGCGCGACAAAGCGCGUUGCUGGGAAAACGCCUCCGCCGUAUCCCAAUGGAUGGUUUUGCGUCUUGUAUCAGUGGGAGCUCACCCCGGGAUCGGUCAAGACAAUCCAGUUCAUGGGCAAAGAGCUGGUCGCGUUUCGCGGCAAGGAAACGGGCGUUGUUUCAGUGUUGGACGCGUACUGUCCCCACCUGGGUGCCAACUUGGGCAUCAGCGGACGUGUCAAGGGCGACUGCCUCGAAUGCCCCUUCCACGGGUGGCGCUAUGACGGCUCGGGUCAGUGCGCGCACAUCCCGAGCCAGGCAACGAUCCCUGCUCAAGCGCACACGCGUGCCUGGCCUGUCCUGGAGCGCAACCAAAUGAUUCUGGUGUGGUACCAUGUGGACGAGACUCCCCCGACAUGGAUGCCCGACGUGAUUGACGAGGUCCACUCCAAGGCGAUGCGGUUUGACGCCAAGAGCGACUACCUCGUCCAAGCGCACGUUCAAGAAAUCCCCGAGAACACUGCCGACGUGGCGCACCUCAACGUGCUCCACCACCUGCCGUGGAAUAUUCCGAUUGUGGAGGAUCACUUUCGCGUCGACUGGCAGGGCUGGUGGAGGCCCGGUGAUGAGAACGACCCGCACUGCGCUCACGUGCCCGUGACCCAAGCGCUGGUGCUCUUUGGCAAGCAGAUUCCCUACAUGCACAUGACCACGCAAAUCCACCUCAUCGGGCCGGGACUGGUGCUCUACUUGUUCGAGACGCCUGUCGGCCGGAUGCGCCUGUUUGAGACGGUGACGCCGGCUGGCCCGCUGCUCCAGAAGGUUUCGCUCGUCAUGUUCUCCAAGAGCUGGACGAUUCGCUGGCUCACCAAGUGGUUUUACCGCGGCGUGGCGAAAACUCUCAGCCAAGACUGCUGGAUUUGGAACAACAAGACCUACUACGACAAGCCCACGUUCAGCAAGGGCGACCGCUACCUGCUCACCUUCCGCAAGUGGUACUCUCAAUUCUGGUCUGAGAGGAGUAUCUCUAUGCGCGAUGCGUCCCGAUCUGGCACUUUGGAGUGGUAG